UUACAGUCUUGUUUGAAUCUUGAUUCCUGUUGGUGGGUUGUGUUUUUUUUUUUUUUUCUUUAGUUUCAGUUCUGGUUUCUUUCUUUUGGCUUUUGUUGUUUGAUCAAGGUAGAUAUAUACAGGAAUCUUUUAUGAAUAACAGGGUUCUCUUGGUAUAAGAUUAAUGAGUUUCUUGGGAAUUUCUGGUCUUAAUUUUGCAUCAGCAAUGGUGAAUUUGGAUGGAUGAAGUCAAGUUUGGGUUGAAAUUCUUACUCUUGUAUAAUUGAAUAUUUUGAAUUGGCAAUCUGGGGAAGAUCUGUCUCUGCACCCAAACAAAAGAGAUCUUCAAAAUCAACAUUAGUUGGAACUGUAUUGGAUGUUUGCAAUUCCAAUAAGUGUGGAGAUCUUUUUGGAACCGGAUUAAUAUUGCUUUCGUGUUGUAGCCAACAUGUUUGUUCUUUUUCCCAGCAAUGCUUGCACCAAUAGCAGUAGCUGUAACUGUGGGUCUUCUGGGUUGGGCUUAUCAGGCUUUGAAAGCUCCUUAUCCCAAGAUAUGUGGAUUGCCCGGCGGUCCUCCAAUCACUUCUCCAAGAGUCAAACUCAGUGAUGGUAGGCAUUUAGCCUACAGGGAGAUGGGAGUUCCUAAGGAAGAAGCUAAGUACAAAAUCAUAUUCAUUCAUGGUUUUGACAGUUCAAAGGAUCUGAAUUUGCCUGUGCCUCAGGAACUUAUCGACGAGCUGAAGAUAUAUUUCCUUUUCUUCGAUAGAGCAGGUUACGGAGAAAGUGAUCCAUUUCCAAAACGUACAGUGAAGAGUGAAGCAUAUGACAUUCAAGAACUAGCAGACAAGUUGCAGCUUGGACAUAAAUUUUAUGUGAUUGGAGCCUCAAUGGGAGCCUACCCCAUAUAUGGUUGCCUAAAAUACAUACCCCAUAGGUUGGCUGGAGCAUCACUUGUAGUUCCAUUUGUACACUACUGGUGGCCUUGUCUCCCAGACAAUGUAUCCGCAGAGGGUUUCCAAAGGCUCCAGAAAUCUGAUCAAUGGACAUUUCGAAUUGCACAUCAUGCACCCUGGUUAUUUUACUGGUGGAUGACCCAGAAAUGGUUCCCUUCAUUAAGUAUAAUGGCAGGAAAUAUGGCAAUCUUUUGUCCCCAGGAUUUGGAGUUGAUUAAAAAGUUAUCAGAAACUCCAAGUGUUGGUCAGGAAAAGGUUCGGCAACAAGGUGUUCACGAAUCUCUGCAUCGAGACAUAAUUGCGGGUUACACGAAAUGGGAAUUUGAUCCCCUGGACAUAAGUAAUCCUUUCCCCCAAAAUGAAGGCUCUGUCCAUAUUUGGCAAGGUCACGAGGAUAGAAUCAUUCCUUACCAAAUAAAUCGUUACAUUUCAGAGAAGCUUCCAUGGAUUCACUAUCAUGAAGUUCCUGAUGCUGGACACUUAUUGAUCUUCAGAAGUGAGCUAUGUGAAGAAAUUGUUAGGUCACUUUUGCUUGGAUGAGUUAGUUCUAUCAUUACAGAGCUACUCUAUAUGGUCUAUGUUGCAUCUGUUUGAGAAACUACUAGCUGCUAUUUGCUGCAAAUAAAAAAUUCUCAAUAUUGUUCCAGUUCUGCUGUAUAUGCGAAAUUAGAACUUUGGUUAUGUAAGAUUCAUGUAAUGAUAUUGUAAUUAGAUAAUGAAUAAUUGGACAAUUUCAGUAUAUUUCUCUAUUAAA